AUGUACUUUACCAGCCUCUACCCUGCUCUGGAUACAGCAAGCCUGUUGACGGAAAGCCGAGCCAUGCAGGGCAGAAGCAGGCCCCUGGGCUCCCCUCUGCUCUGUCAGGGCCCACAGGCCAGGGCUGUACAGCGGGUCACCAGUCCCAUGGUGCAAUCUCUCCUGUCAUGCUGGCAAGCUGGGCCCAACCUGCCUACUGUGGGUAUAGUAGACUCCAGGGCCCUAGCCAAAAUCACAAUCUUCAGAACAUCCAGGGUACAGAAUCCUGUGAAGAGUUGGAUCCUGGCUGAGGCGUUGUGGCACCAGAAACAUCACUGA